AGGCGCUGUGUCGCGACUUCGGCAGCGGAGAAACAUGGCGGCACCGACAUUAAGUGGGAGGUUGUACUCCUUGCUGUUCCGCAGAACCUCCACCUUCGCCCUUACCAUCGCCGUGGGCGCCCUGUUCUUCGAGCGCGCCUUCGAUCAAGGCGCAGACGCAAUCUACGAACAGAUCAACCAGGGGAAGCUGUGGAAACACAUCAAGCACAAGUAUGAGAACUAGAUCCUCGGAGGCUCCCAUGAAAGCCAGAAGGACCAGGUCCACCUGCCAGCUGUUCACCCAGAGCCAGGGCCUCAGCCUGAGAUGAUGCUCACAUCACGCUCCAUGGACCGCUCUGCUCGUAGCUGUUGUUGUGAAAUGGCUUCACCUGACAGACUCGUUCACUUCUGCUGUGUUUGAAGUAUGUUCAGUCAGAGUCAUCAGCAAAUAAAUGUAAAUUUUCCUCGA